AUGCUCAUGGUUUCCGCCGCUCUCUGUCUGCAGGCUGAGCGACGUGCGUACAGAGAAGCGGAGAUAAACAUGAUGGACGACCUGUCAGAGGCCGACUUUCAGAAAGAGGAGGAGCCAGCCAGCCCUGCUCCUCCCCCCUCACAACAACACACGGACCCCGCCUCUCCCACGGUCGCGGUCACGCCGGAGCCGGUUGCCAGGGGAGACCCGCCCACGCCCAGUGAGAUGGAGUACCAGGACGGUCGGGGCUUUGGCAUCGGGACGCUGGUGUUUGGAAAGCUGCGAGGCUUCUCCUGGUGGCCCGGCCGGAUCGUGUCCUGGAGGAUGAGCGGCCGGAGUCGAGCUGCCGACGGCACUCGCUGGGUGAUGUGGUUUGGUGACGGCAAAUUCUCAGUGGUUUGUGUGGAGAAGCUCAUGCCUCUGAGUUCUUUCUCCUCUGCCUUCCACCAGCCAACAUACAACAAACAGUCCAUGUACCGUAAAGCCAUCUUCGAGGCUCUACAGGUGGCCAGUGUGAGGGCGGGGAGGCCAGUUCCUUCCUGUGAUGCCAGUGAUGAUGCGGAGGGGGUGGAUCUUCAGACCAGGCAGAUGAUCGAGUGGGCCAUGACCGGCUUCCUGCCCACUGGUCCCCAAGCACUGGACCCUCCAGAAGAGGAACAAAAUCCAUAUAAGGAAGUGUACCCAGAGAUGUGGGCGGAGCCUGAGGCAGCGUACACACCCCCGCCGACGAAGAAACCACGAAAGAACUCUGCAGAAAAAGCAAAGAUCAGAGAGGUGAUCGAUGAAGGCACCAGAGAGAGACUGAUACAAGAGAUCAAGAAGAAGACCAGGAAUAUAGAAGAUAUCUGCAUCUCCUGUGGAAGCCUCAACAUCUCUCUGGAGCAUCCUCUCUUUGUAGGAGCAAUGUGCCAGGGCUGCAAAAACUCGUUCCUGGAGUGCGCCUACCAGUACGACGACGACGGCUACCAGUCCUACUGCACCAUCUGCUGUGGAGGCAGGGAAGUGCUCAUGUGUGGCAACAACAACUGCUGUAGGUGUUUCUGUGUGGAGUGCGUGGACCUGUUGGUGGGAGCGGGCUCAGCAGCGGCUGCCAUCAAAGAGGACCCCUGGAACUGCUACAUGUGCGGCCCCCGGAGCGCCUACGGGCUGCUGCGGCGACGGGACGACUGGCCCUGCAGACUACAGCACUUUUUCGCCAACAACCACGAGCAGGAUUUCGAGCCUGCCAAGUUGUAUCCACCAGUGGCUGCAGAGAAGAGGCAGCCAAUCAGAGUCCUCUCCCUAUUUGACGGCAUCGCCACAGGUCUGCUGGUGUUGAAAGAUCUGGGCAUCCAGGUGGACAAAUACGUGGCCUCCGAAGUGUGUGAAGACUCCAUCACUGUCGGCAUUGUUCGACAUCAGGGCCGCAUCAUGUACGUGGGAGACGUGCGCAAUGUAACCCGCAAGCAUAUUGAGGAGUGGGGACCAUUUGAUCUUGUGAUUGGAGGAAGCCCCUGCAAUGAUCUCUCAAUAGUCAACCCCGCCAGGAAAGGCCUUUAUGAGGGAACCGGCCGGUUGUUUUUCGAAUUUUACCGCCUGCUCCACGAGGCCCGACCGAAACCAGGCGACGAGCGGCCGUUUUUCUGGCUGUUCGAGAAUGUGGUCGCCAUGGGAGUCAGUGACAAACGGGACAUCUCCCGCUUUUUAGAGUGUAACCCAGUGAUGAUCGAUGCCAAGGAGGUCUCUGCUGCCCACCGCGCUCGCUAUUUCUGGGGCAACCUGCCAGGCAUGUCCAGGCAGCUGCUGUGCCAAAGGAGAUUAGCUUUUGAGAAGUUGCGUACGAUAACAACACGCUCCAACUCUGUGAAGCAGGGGAAAGACGAGCAUUUCCCCGUCUACAUGGACAACAAGGAGGACAUCCUCUGGAGUACCGAGAUGGAAAGGGUGUUUGGUUUCCCCGUCCACUACACCGACGUGUCCAACAUGAGUCGCCUGGCCAGGCAGAGGCUGCUGGGCCGUUCCUGGAGCGUCCCCGUCAUCAGGCACCUCUUUGCACCGCUCAAGGAGUACUUCGCCUGCAACUAGUCCCACACAGACACACACUGAUGCUACAAAAAGUAUACAGCUAGUACGUGAAGGUUGGCUGAUGCAAGAUGACACAGACCGGACUUUCACACAUAAACACACACACACACACACACACACACACAAUGUUAAAGACUGCUUCCCUCGAUCCCGCGUAGACCCCUGGCUGACCUUAGUCCCUUGGUGCUACCUUGCUGGUUUGUAACACAUGCAGGUGCAGGGGUUUCUGUACUGUACAACGUCAUUCACACACUUCCUGUCCAACCUUGAAAUUGAUGUCUUCUGGCUUUACUGUGUUCCCGACAGCUGGAGUUCAGUCCAGGGUGUGCAAGAUUUAACAGAGAUGCCCGGACUUUUUUGCGUUUUUAGUAUCUCUCUGAAUACAUCAACACACCUAUGAAUCCUUCUGAGCUGUAACACUUAUCUUUACUCAUGUUUAGCGACAGUGCUACUGAUGGACUACAGUGCAUUGAACACAAUGAUAUACAAAAACCACACACACUCACACACACACCAGUUAAUGCUUGUGGUGCUGAUACGGCUGUGAUAAGAGUCCCACCGGGUGCAACUUCAACAACACUUAUACAGAUUUUGGUGCUCUUGGGGACCUUGGAGGUCUCUGGUCGUUUCAGUCGCUGCAGAUUUGUUUCCCUUAUGAAGUUAAAACCAGACAAUGAUAAGCAGGUAGAGGCAAAAAUGCAGCCAGAAGAGGUGGAUUUUUCCAAACUAGCAGAGUUUUCAUUGUGUCUGCGAACGCUUAAAAGGACAAGCUAAGGUUAUAGUGCUCAGAAAAUAUAUAUAAAAGCCGUUUUAGUGUGAAUGUCAAAUUAUAAUAUCUAAAAAGUCUUUAAGGAAGAGCUACUCUGGUUCUAGAAAUAAUCUUUGGAGGUGAGUUUAACCAAAAUCAGGACUAAACCUUUUUUAAUUUUAACCCUGUUAUUUAAAAUAUAGACUUACCAAAGUAAUGCCUAAAUAUUUCAAACUGUCACUACAGUUUUAAGGCAUAUUUGAAUUUUUUUAUAUAUAAAAAUGUACAGUGAACAAACUGUAAAGAAUCUAAUAGACUUAAAAUAUAAAUAUAGAUUACAACAAUAAAAUAUUCCUAUUUAAGUACAUAAUGCUGAACAAAGUGUUUAUCAGUGAGUUAUUAGCUGGAAAUUUUUAUGGAUUUUGGAUGACGAUGCACAUCUUCAAUAUUCAUGGUCACAAUUUACUCCAAGAGAUUAUCAGCACUGAAAUGUGUUUAAAGUAUGGCGAUGAGACAACUAAACUGUAUUUAAUUUUUAAAGAAACAAACAUUUUUAUAGACGUCCAAAAGGACAUUUUAAGUAAAAUUCAGUCUAUUCUAAGUAGCUCUUUUUGUAAAGAUGUGAAGUUUUGGAUUCAUAGCUAACAUCUAUCUAAAACCUUUUUUUCAAACCAAAGCACUGACCAUGUUCUCUGUCAUGCAUAUUUCAAGCACGAGUUUCAAGCAGCGUUUCGGUCCAAAAUCUGACGUUUUACUCAUCUUUAAGGAUUAUUUCUGCCAGCUACUGUCUGAGCAGCGUUCAGAUAAAACAGGGAAGACUUUUGCAGGAGUUGAGCAGCUUCCUCGCGGCAUUUUUAUGUCCCCUCCUUUUGUGGUGCAGCUUCUCUUGUGCCUCGGUUUCCGGUAAAUGCACUUUUUUAGGCCGGUGCGAACAGCCCACCGGCCCGGUAGGAGUCGUGCUCCCACUUUGCUUCGUAGGAGAAUCCACGUUGUGCUUCAGUUACUGCGAUGCCCACUGAAACAAGGCAAACCUUUACGCACUACGCUGGUUUUUCUACUUCACACGAUUGAAACAGAUGACCCUGUUUAAAUUACACAUUCUUCCUCCUUUGACACUGGUACAACUUGACGACCUGUUUGUAGGUGUUUCUUCUGCCUUUUGCUCACAGCGCCGGGUCAAACCCAGCCGCUGCUUGACUCUGAGUCACAGUAAAUGAGCAAAAAGAGCGACUUCUCAUUAAAUGAGGCAGGUUUUCUACAUAUACACUCUCAGCACUGAGAGGUCUCCAUGUACUGAUAAGAGGUGUAUCUACACAGGGCUGAGAAAAACUUUUCAGUCUGGUGCUUGUGGUCCUCAGACGACCAUCCUUUCCAGGAAGCCUUCCGACCCUCUGACCUUCCUCAGAAAACCAGCUAACAACUGGACACACCCAGUCUAUGCUGACACGCGUCCUCUCAAACACACACAGCACAAACAGUCUCUCAAGCCAACAGCAAACCAGCAGGUUCGAGGUUUUUUCCGUCAUGUUUACUCUCAGUUUAUACAACCAACCCUUCAGGUGCUUUUUAAACUGCUCUUUUUUACAGUGCCCUCGCAGGUCGAUAUCACAGACACGCGCUCAUUCCUGGACAACCCACGUUUCACGCUUCCCGCCCGCUACGCUUCAAAAACACACGCCAUCAGCACACACAUGCAUACACACUGUGUUCUUUGCCGGCCGCCUGUUGCCAUCAGGCUUCCCACGGUGCUGCGGGGUGUGACAUCAUCACCCUGCGCCGCUUGGUGCUCCCCGAAACCCUCCCACAUCCUGUCACCCUCUUUGCCCAACUGAACCCCCUCCAAACAUCCCCCCACCACCACCCCCAGGUGCUGCAUGUCAGUCAGUCAGUGUAAUCUCUGAUUCCAUGUUAGAUUAGGGCGUAAUUAUAAUAAUAAUAUGGUAAUAAUAAUUACAAUAAUAAUCUGUUAUUGUGUGUGUGUAUUGUUUCAGGUUGGUGCUCAGUUCAGUUCAGUCUCAGCCUGUAGAAGGGAGGGAAAGAGGCUAGAGAAAGCAUAUAUUACAGUUAGUAUAGUGACUUGUUCUAUUGUACCCAAGAAUGCCAGAAGAAACUGUUGAAACGAUGAGCUGCACCAUUUUCUCAGACUGGAGAUGAGUUGAAAUGCCACAUAACUGAUUUUUCUUUGGACUUUCUGAACCUCAUUGUGUCCUAUCCAGAGUUUAGAAUAUUUUAAAGACUCAUAAGGUAAUCAGAGAGAUUGCAGACUCUUUUAAAUUGGUUUCAUGUAUUCUGUACUUGACAAGUGACUUCAGUAGCUCAACAACCACUGGACCAACAUGAAGCCGAAUGCUGGUAUUGAUACUGGUAUUCAUUAAUUUUCCUUGCAUGACAACAUGCAGGCAGGGAUGGAUCCAGAAAUCUUAUUUUCACCACAACUAUAUCUGAUGGUCCCUUGUUUGGAUGAUUAACAGCUAAAUCAGAUCUAUUGCAAUUAUAGAAUAAAUACCUGAAAACUAACCACAUUAUCAAGCCAGCCUGAUGAAAGCUCCAAGUCCAGUACUUCACAAAGGAUUAUAGCAACUUUAUGGCAGACUGGGGCAUUAUUAUGUUGCAGUUAGCACCCAAAUUAAUAAAGAAAAUUGACUAAAUUGAUUGACUGAUAGGCCUUCAUCACAAACAGCAGCUAAAUCUGAAAGCAGACCCUUCAUUAAACAAAAAACAGGCUGAUAUUGAUACACGUGGUGGAAGAAAAUCAUACCUACUAAAUAAGUAGAAAAUAGCUAAAUUGAAUUUAUGUAAAUAUUUCAAUUUAACCAAACAAGAAGAUGAUUUCAUCCCGAUUUUAUUCCCAGCUGUGUCGUUUCAACACAUGCUCAGCCUGAGAGCGCAGCAGGACUAAAGCACGAGGAAAAGCGUCAGACAUUUCUAAACGAUGGGUGACACGCUGAUGAUGUUUGUGUUCGCCUAUCGACAGCUUUUAGGCUGAGUGAUGCGCUGUUUUAAACACUGAUACACUUCCAGACAAACACUCAAAACACUGUUUUUGGCACACGCAAACACACAUGCAACACCUACAAAUACAAUGCUGUGGCGCAUGCAGACACUCAUCUCAUGGAUUAAAUGAAAGAUGAGCUUUUAGGAAAAGGGGGACCUGGUGGUGUUUCAAAAGGUGCUAAAUCUUUAUCUGAAAAUAAGAAAAAUAUAUUAUUAGGACUUUAAAUCAAUUAUGUCUUUACAAUGACUGUAUUUAAGUUUGUCGUAGUAAUGAGAGGCACUAUUAUUAUUUUACUCUUGUAUGAAUAUGAACUAAUUAAAAAGGCAUUUUAACUUUGUACUUGAACAAUGUAAGAAAUGAAUCGUGAAUAAAAAGACUGUUUCUUGUGAUUCUGUGUUAGCUACCUGUGUUCCAGUUUACUCAAAGUCAGUGCGAAGGCCUGGUUUGGUAUCUCUGUAACAUCUUUUUUUUCUUUUCAUGACAGUUUUUAUGCUUUUGUUUAGGUUUCUACAAACUUUGCUUACGUGACUCAGGCUCAGUAACGCUCAGCAGUUUUUCAUCUGUCUGUGGUCAAAAUGUGGAGAACCAGUGCUCAAGGGGAGUCAUUUAUUUCUUCACAUCUUGCACUUCAGAAGCAGUAUUGAAUGCUU